UGUCACGUGAUUCUAAUACACGUGUUUAGAUCACGGAGUGCUUCAGUGGUACACAUCGGAACACAGCCUACCCGUUAUAGCAGUUGUUUUACAGAAACAAUGCCAAAAGCUAAGAAGUCCGGGAAGAAUAAGAAGUUUGAUUACGGCAAGGACAGAAAGAAGCUCAAAAAGAAGAUGAGGAGAAAGCUAGCACCAACGAUUGAAUGUAAACAGAUCAGGAAUGCAUGGGACAACAAGAAAACGGUCCAGCAGAACUUGAAAGACAUGGGGUUGCAGCACAGCUCCAAGUCCGUGCUGCCCAUUCAGCAGACCAAGCACAUUCAAAGUGAUUCAAUGGAUGUUGACACAGACGGCAUGAUCGUUAGGAAGCCAUACGUGAUCUCAGCGAUGGAGAGUGAAGCAAGCAACGCAAAGCCGAAUGUCAAGACCAUGUCCAGGGAUAUGAUUGAGUACGCCCAGCACAUGAUGCGCGAACAUGGGGAGAACUACAAGGCCAUGGCGCGAGAUGAGAUCAACUACUAUCAGGACACGCCAGCGCAGAUCAGGAGGAAGAUCGAGAACUACAAGCGCUACUACCCAGAAGAGUACGCCGCCUUCGCACAGUCCCUGAAAGCCUGAGAGGCCAGAGGGAGUAGGACGUGAUCAUGUACACUCGGCACGUGGAGAGGGGAGCAUUGUGUCAAUGCUUUUAAGAUGAAGACUGCGGAGGAUGGACAAUGGUUUAACUUCUCCUGUAUGUGUCUCCGUUGUUACGGAGAUGGAGUACGCUGCAAGAUGUCAAAGGGCAGAUUUGACUGUUCUUGUUUUUUUAAACAAAACAAAAAAAAUGUUUGUAAACAAUGAGAAGAAGACCUAACAGAAAGCAAAGGCCUUACUGAUUUUGUCUGUGCUAGGAUUAUAACUAACAUCUUCUAUUAGAGUAAGACACUUCAAGCCCAUGCAUUUCUUGGAUCCAUGUGAUGUCAGGUGAAUGCCUCUUUAGGUGACCUUCGGUUAGGAGACCUUUGGAGACUCAAGGUUGAGAAUGAAUGGAGUUCCCUUGGCACUGUAGAUGGCGGUAGCACGCAUAUCAUGCAAGCAGUCACCAAAUGCCACAGAAAGACAAGAAGAAGGAGGGGAAAACGCCCCUUUAGAAGACCAAACUUGAGUACACUCCUUUGAAUUGGGUGGGUGGAGUUUGGAUUAUCUUACUCUAAUAGAAGAUGUUUGAUUAUAAUACAACGUGUCAAGAUGGUGGAUUUAUUUUGCUUUUUUAUUUAAAAUCUUUUUGAACGUUUAGAUUCCCUUUGGUAAUGUGUAAUUAUAUUCGAGAGCAGAAAAAGUCAUUGUCAUUGAUGUGUCCACUCCCACUUCCAAAAUUUCAUUUAACAGUGAAUAUUAUGUGGCAUGCAUUGUGUGGACUUAAUCAAAACCUCCUGAGGAGAAAACGUGUUCCUUAUGAUUUACAGCUGGGGAUUAUGUAGUCCUGAUUGUUUGCUUUCAGAAAGUAGGAUUGUCAAACUAAUUCUUCAUCAAUCUUAUGAGAAGAUUACGGAUUUCCACACUGGGAUUAAUUGAGUGGGUUGUUUGAGGCUGUGGGGCUGUGACAAUGGAAAAACAUCAUGGCUGCAUUACUGGUGGGGAUUAUUUAGUGUGUUUGUACAGAAUAUACACAGCAGAUGGCGCUGUGGCAUCAAGAACUUGUACAUGCUGUAUUUGGAUAUGUGAUCUAUGGCUUUUUAAUACAAAAAUGUACCACAUG